AUUUAUAGUUGUCAUAAAAAUAGUCACGAUUGGUUAGGAGCAUUAAAAAUAAAUAUAUAUAAUAAAACAUAUGGAGUGAAGCAAAGUAAAGGCGCGUAAAACCGAUUAUUUGAACUUACUACAAUAAAACUAUGGAAGAAAAACAUGAAAACCAUACUUGUCAUUCUGUAUAUUAUUCGUUCAAGUAGACCAUCAUGCACACACUUUAUACAACCACUUGACGCUUGCGUGCAAUCAGAAAUUUGUAACCAUACGUGGAUUCCUGUUUGUGGGCAAAAUGAAAAGACUUCAAUACGACGAACGUUCGGCGACUUGUGUGACAUGUUAGAGUACAACUGUGAUUUUAAAACAGAAUACAGGGAAAUCAGCCAAGAAGAGUGUGUAAAUACAACCACUAAAUCAGCGCGUAAAUCAAUAUUCACACCCAGUGAUACUACUACAGCUUCAUAUAUUUAUGAUGAUGAUGAUGAUUACCUUACUAAUCUCCCUGUUAAUGUUACAACACUGUCAACAUUUUACUUGAGACCACCUGACGAAUCAACGGAUGCUGCCACGUUUUUCAGUGAAAUUUCAGAAAACCCACUGAUAAAUGUUCUCACAUUUGGGUUCCAAUAUAGACGUCAAAACACAGAUCCAUUGUCUUCUUCAUCUAUAAAAAAUGAAACCACGUUGUCUACGGAGUCAUACAAAGCAUGCACGUGUUCAACGCCUACUAAUACCACUACAGCGGAAAAGACUACAACAACGACAUCGACUACCACUACAGUUCCUAAUACUACAACGACUAUCGAGGCAUCUAAAGCAUGCACUUGUUCAACGAAUCCUAUUAUCACUUUAACAACACCUACCACCACUACACCUACUACAUCGACAACUAUUACUCCUAGCACAUCAACGACUAAUUUAUCUACUGACGCAUCUAAUGUAACCGAUGGUAGAGCAUGCACGUGUUCAACAACUACUCCUACAAAAACAAUGGAGACGAAGCCAUCUACUACCACUACAAUCACAACACUUACUAGUAAUGUGUCUACUGAGUUCUCUAGUGCAACGACAAAUACAACAAAGUCUGAAACAACCCCUAACACUACUAUGACUACUGAGUCACCUAAAGCAUGCACAGCAUGCACGUGUUCAACACCUAUAAUCACCACUACAACGGCAGCGACGACAGCUAGUACAACUACAAAAAUAGCCUCCACACCUAGUACCACUACAGCUACAGCGACGACAGCUAGUACAACUACAAAAGUAGCCACCACACCUAGUACCGCUACAGCUAGUAUAUCAGCAACCUUUACAACUCCUAGUACCAAUACAACUAUUGUGUCUACGGAGUCAUUUAAAUCAUGCACUUGUUCAGCGCCUACUGAUACCACCACAACAACAUCGACCACACCUAGUACCACCACACCUACUACAUCGACAACCAUUACAACUCCUAGUACAUCAACGACUACUUUAUCUACUGACGCAUCUAGUGUAUCUGAAGGUAGAGCAUGCACGUGUUCAACAUCUACUCCUACAACAACAACGGAAACGACGCCAUCUACUACAACUACAAUCACAAUACCUAAUACUAGUGUGUCUACUGAGUUAAGUACUGCAACGACAAAUACAACAAAGUCGGAUACAACUACUAUGACUACGACAACAGUCCAGUCGUCGACGCCAUGGAAAGGAUGUGGACAUCCUGGAUGCGAUAUAGUGGCCACCUGGGCGACAACAGUUAAAGGAGAAACGAGAGACUAUUAUCAGAUUCUUAGGAGCAAAUACGGCCAUCUUCCUUUCAGGAGAAGGAAACAUAUUAAAGCAUUAAGAUACACGACCCAUUAUCCUCCUGGAUUUCCGUUUUCGAGGCCUCGUCGUCGUUAUCGUUUUCGUCCUUUGGGUCCUUAUAAGCAAUUUUAUGGACGUCAUGUCGAAGGCUAGCUUUAUCUAUCUACUUAACAAUGAGAUUAUACAUUAUGACGGAGAACUUUUGGCGUGGGAGCGGUAAUGUCAAGGUGGGUACAUUAACGGAGCCCUGAUUUUUAUCGGACAAAACAUACAUUAAGUGUCCAAUUACAACACAUAA